AUGCGUUGUAUAAAGCAAGUAGCUAAUGAAAAUGAAUUUGCAUAUCCUAUCGCGUGCUCUAUUUUGGAGGGAGAUACUUUUGUAGAUGACAUUGUUUCUGGUGCUGACUCGCUUGCGGAAGCUCUUAAAAUACAAUCAGACCUCACUCAUAUUUUAAAGAAAUCAGGCUUCGAACUCAGAAAGUGGGCGAGCAAUGAUCCUCAAUUUCUUGCUCAUCUUUCUGAUUCCGUGGAACAAACGCAAUCAAUAACUCUUGAUUUGGAACCUGAUUCGACAUUAAAGAUAUUAGGAUUGCAAUGGAAUCCCUCAACGGAUUCAUUCUCUUAUAGCGUGAAACCUCUCGGUGAGACUUGCUCGAAACGCAGUGUACUGUCAGAAUUAGCUCGUAUAUACGACCCACUCGGGUUUUUAACGCCAUUCGUUUUGAAUUUAAAACAUCUAAUACAGCAACUCUGGAGUUUAGGAUUGGAUUGGGAUAGUUCUCCGCCUGACCAUAUCAUUCAACUUUGGUCUCACAUCAAAAAGGAAAUGUGUCAACUCUCUAAUAUUACUAUUCUGCGUUUUCUAGCAUCGAAAGGCAUGCGAUCAUGUCAACUCCACUGUUUUUGUGAUGCUAGUAAUGUCGGUUAUGCCGCUGGGGUUUAUGUGCGAUUGAUACACGCAGAUAAUUCUAUAUCAACGCAUCUUCUAUGCGCUAAAUCGCGAGUAGCUCCUUUAAAACGCAUAUCAAUUCCACGCCUUGAACUCAGCGCUGCUCUAUUGCCAGCUGAACUACUACACAAAGUACAAAAGGAUUUCGAAAGAAAACUAAUAUUCGACAGAAUAUUCGCAUAUUCAGACUCUACUGUCGCUCUUUCGUGGAUAAAAAGCAGUCCACAUAAAUGGACCUGUUUCGUUGCUAAUCGCGUAACGACCAUUCAAGGGUUCACACCUCCAUCCCUUUGGUAUCAUGUAGGUUCAAGCGAAAACCCAGCUGACCCUGCUUCUAGAGGAGUUACUUCAGUCACUCUGGUUGGACUUUCCUUAUGGUGGGCGGGGCCAUCUUGGUUGAAGCUCGCAGAAGAAAAGUGGCCUUCGAAUAUAGUAUUGAAGGAUAAAGAGUUACUACCGGAAACAGAUUGCGAGAAGCUUUCAUCAGUUUUAACUGUCACUGUUGAGCAAAGUUCGGAUCUCAUUCAGGAUUUAUUGAACAAAUUUUCCUCUCUGGAUAAAAUACAAAGAAUUGUAGCUUAUGUCAAACGCUUCAUUUUCAACUGUCGUAAUCCUAAAAGUGCGAUCAAGGGUAUAAUUACCCUAUUUGAUUCAGAAGCAGCUCUCAAUGAAAUAGUAAGGAGCACUCAAAAUUCUGUAUUCGCAAGAGAAAUGGCUCUUUUAUCUCAAAAGAAAGCUCUUUCUAAGCCGCUUCGCAAACUAAGUCCGUUCUUAGACGAACUGGGAAUCCUCAGGGUGGGCGGCAGAUUGGUCCAUUCAGGACUUAAGUUCGAACAAAUUCACCCGGCUCUCCUUCCUGGUGACCACAGAUUGACUCAUCUGUUAAUUGAAAGUCUUCAUAAAAAGUAUUUGCAUCCAGGAAUACUAUCUCUCCAUAAUUUAUUGGUACAAAAAUAUUGGAUAUUUUCCGCGAAACGAAAUAUUCGUAAGGUGCUUUCUAAGUGUAACCGGUGUUUUCGAGUGAAACCGCUGCACGUUCAGCCCGUGAUGGGCGAUCUUCCAGCAGUGCGCAUAUCUCAAAUUAAACCUUUUUCUAGCGCCGGAGUAGAUUACGGCGGUCCUUUUACGAUUGUGAUGAGUCGAACAAGAGGAUGUAAGGUUCUGAAGGCAUAUAUAUGCCUAUUCGUUUGUAUGGCCACGAAGGCCAUUCAUCUCGAGCUCGUUUCGGAUCUCUCAUCGGAGACCUUUUUGGCAGCCUUACGGCGUUUCAUCGGGCGACGCGGUCAGUGCUAUCACAUAUAUAGCGAUCAAGGUACAACAUUUCGCGGAGCUGCUCGUACUCUCGAAAAUAUUAUGAAAGAAUCUGCGGAAUCUGAAGGUAUUAUUUUUCAUACCAUUCCGCCCUAUUCUCCAAAUUUUGGAGGAUUGUGGGAGGCUGGUAUAAAGUCGACCAAAAGCCAUUUGUUGCGAGUGAUGAGAGAUCAGCUUCUCACUUACGAGGAGUUCACUACGGUUUUGGUUCAAAUAGAAUCCAUUUUGAAUUCACGACCUUUAACCCCUCUCAGCUCUGAUCCCAAUGAUAUGAAUCCUCUAACGCCAGGCCAUUUUUUAACCUUGGCUCCUCUGAAUUAUUUGCCUGAACAAAAUUUUUUAGAUUUGAAAAUAAACAGAUUGAGUAGAUGGCAGCUCGUGCAAAGAUUGAGUCAGGAGUUUUGGUCACGAUGGCAUAAAGAGAAUAUUUGCACACGCUACUACAGAGAUCCAAGUGGUGUAAUUCAUCUGUUCCUAUUCAGUUGA